GGCCCCGCUGCGUCUUCCCAGCCGCAGGCGCAGGCCCAGCCGAGCGGCCGCCGAGCGGGAGCGGGUGCGGGUGCGGGUGCGGGCGCACCGGCCAUCACCGCGCGGCCGCGCAGCGGACACCGUGCUCACCGGCCUGCGGCGCCCCGCCACCGGGGCGGACCGCCGAACCCGAGGCCAUGUCCCAUGAAAAGAGUUUUUUGGUGUCUGGGGACAACUAUCCUCCCCCCAACCCUGGAUAUCCAGGGGGGCCCCAGCCACCCAUGCCCCCCUAUGCUCAGCCUCCCUACCCUGGGGCCCCUUACCCGCAGCCCCCUUUCCAGCCCUCACCCUACGGUCAGCCAGGGUACCCCCAUGGCCCCAGCCCCUACCCCAAGGGGGCACCCACAGGGCCCUACCCCCAAGGGGCCUACCCACAGGGCCCCUACCCACAAGAGGGCUACCCACAGGGCCCCUACCCCCAAGGGGGCUACCCCAGGGGCCAUAUCCCCAGAGCCCCUUUCCCCAACCCCUAUGGACAGCCACAGGCCUUCCCAGGACAAGACCCUGACUCACCCCAGCAUGGAAACUACCAGGAGGAGGGUCCCCCAUCCUACUAUGACAACCAGGACUUCCCUGCCACCGACUGGGAUGACAAGAGCAUCCGACAGGCCUUCAUCCGCAAGGUGUUCCUGGUGCUGACCCUGCAGCUGUCGGUGACCCUGUCCACGGUGUCUGUGUUCACUUUUGUUGGGGAGGUGAAGGGCUUUGUCCGGGAGAACGUCUGGACCUACUAUGUCUCCUAUGCUGUCUUCUUCAUCUCCCUCAUCGUCCUCAGCUGUUGUGGGGACUUCCGGCGAAAGCACCCCUGGAACCUUGUUGCACUGUCGGUCCUGACCGCCAGCCUGUCGUACAUGGUGGGGAUGAUCGCCAGCUUCUACAACACCGAGGCAGUCAUCAUGGCCGUGGGCAUCACCACAGCCGUCUGCUUCACGGUCGUCAUCUUCUCCAUGCAGACCCGCUACGACUUCACCUCGUGCAUGGGUGUGCUCCUGGUGAGCAUGGUGGUGCUCUUCAUCUUCGCCAUCCUCUGCAUCUUCAUCCGGAACCGCAUCCUGGAGAUUGUGUACGCCUCGCUGGGCGCUCUGCUCUUCACCUGCUUCCUGGCAGUGGACACCCAGCUGCUGUUGGGGAACAAGCAGCUGUCCCUGAGCCCGGAAGAGUACGUGUUUGCCGCGCUGAACCUGUACACAGACAUCAUCAACAUCUUCCUGUACAUCCUCACCAUCAUUGGCCGCGCCAAGGAGUAGCCCAGCUCCAGCUCUCUGUGCCCGCUCAGGUGGCAUGGCUGGCCUGGACCCUGCCCCUGGCACGGCAGUGCCAGCUGUCCUUCCCUCUCUCUUGUCCCCAGGCACAGCCUGGGGCAGAGGACGCCCCUCUCCAACCCUCCCAUAUGUACACUGCAGAUACUUCUGUUUGGACCCCCUGUGGCCACAGCAUGGCCCCUUUAGUCCUCCCGCCCCGCCAAGGGGCAACAAGGCCACGUUUCUGUGCCACCUCCUGUCUACUCAUUGUUGCAUGAGCCCUGUCUGCCAGCCCACCCCAGGGACUGGGGGCAGCACCAGGUCCCGGGGAGAGGGAUUGAGCCAAGAGGUGAGGGUGCACGUCUUCCCUCCUGUCCCAGCUCCCCAGCCUGGCGUAGAGCACCCCUCCCCCCACCCUGGAGUGCUGCCCUCUGGGGACAUGCGGAGUGGGGUCUUAUCCCUGUGCUGAGCCCUGAGGGCAGAGAGGACGGCAUGUUUCAGGGGAGGGGGCAGCCUUCCUCUCAAUCUGCUGUCAGUGAAAUUCCAAUAAAUGGGAUUUGCUCUCUGCC